AUUGGCUAAAUCUCAGCCGCGCAGUGUGUCGGUUUGCUGGGCUGGAGGGGGCUUGUCUCUCUGGGAAAGAGCCAGUAUGGAGCUGCCGCGGGACGGACGAAUUUUUAGGCGAAAUGUGGGAGCAAGGUCCACUGUGUCGGCUUGUUCGUCUUUCGCCAUGGAGGUUAAGAGGAAGAAGAUAAGAGAGAGUGUGUUGUUCCUACAAAGCGAGGCAAAAGCAAGAAUGAAACGGUGCACAAGCCUGAAUGACCCUCAGCAGAUAAUAGAGGACAUGAAUUUGUUGUACAUACGACAAAUUUCUAAGAAAUUACAGGACUGUGAUAUACAGGAAAAGAUGGACUUUGAGAUGCGCAUGAGAGCUGGUGCAUACAAGCUUCUGGUUGCCAGCACCAAGAGAGAACAGAUCCUUGAUGCAGCCAAAAGCCUCUUGACCUGCAAUGCGAGAAUCAAAGCCUAUAUGUCUGAGGCACAAAGAAGAAAAGAACAGCAGGACAAGGCUAAGAGUCUUAGAAGAAGGUCCUUAGAUUCCCAGAACCAGGUGCCUUGUAAGGGAAAAGUAGCCAUAUCGGGUCUGAGAAUCCCACUUUUUUGGAAGGAUUCUGAGCACUUCAACAGCAAAGGGAAUCCUCAGCGAGUGGCGGUCUUUUGUCUAAUGAAGAUUGGCACUGAGAUAUUUGACACAGAGAUGGUGAUUGUAGACAGAACAAUAACUGAUAUCUGCUUUGAGGGUGUAACUGUCUUUUCUGAGGCUAAGCCGGACUUUGAGCUGGUGGUUGAGCUUUACAGCUGUGCAGUCGGAGAGGAGGGAGCUCUAGUCAAUACACCAAAGAAACUGGCCAGAAAAUUCCGCUCCUCUUUUGGAAAAGCAUCUGGGAAGAAACUUUUCCUUACUGAAGACGAAAGUGAUCCUGAUGCUUUUCUUCAGUCUAACCCAAUGCCACCUGGGGUACAGUAUUCUCUGUUGGCAUACACAACUCUCGCUUUGGAACAGGCAGAGGGCUCAUUUCAGUCUCAUUCACUCAUAGUCUCUAAGAAUACUGAGGCAUUAUCCUGGCUGCCUCUCUAUGGGAACCUGUGCUGUCAGCUGGUGGCACAACCUGACUGCAUGCAGCAGGAUAUGAUGAGUGGCUAUCUCAGCCAACAGCAAACUAUCGAAGGUUUGCAGCGCUGCUGUGGGUUGUACUGUGUGCUAAAGGCUGGAUUGCUCUCCUGCUACUUCACCCCUGAGGAGAUUCAAGCUAAGGUGGAGCCCAGCAUGGUUAUCCCAAUAAACAAGGAUACUCGCAUCCGUGUUGUGGAGGGCCACCAGAAGAGUGGGGCUAGACUAAGCUUGAUCAAUCCAAGGACAAGAGACACUGCUAGCCAUGUAUUCACAGCUGAGACACAAGAACAAUUGCAGGACUGGCUAAACGCCCUUUGGCAACACCUGUAUGACCAGAGUCAGUGGCAGCACGCCUGUGACAAGCUGAUGGAAAUUGAAGUUGUGUCCCCCCGGAAGCCCCCACUUUUCCUUGCUAAACAAGCUGACUCUGUUUAUAAUGACCUGAGCAUUGGUUCUCCAGGAAAAUUUGAGAGUUUGACCGAUAUUAUUCACAAUAAGAUUGAGGAAACUGAUGGGCGGUUUCUUAUUGGUCAAGAAGAGGAAAGAGAACCUCCUCAUUGGGCAGCCCUGUUUGAAGGAUCUCGACCAAUGGUAGUGCAGAAAACUGUUUUGUCACCAGGUAAAGACAGUGUCCAGUCCACUUCCAGCCCAAGUUCAAACAGCACCAAGAAGAGAAGAGCCCCUCCACCUCCCCCUGAUAAGUUACCGUUUGCCCACUCUGUCACUGCACCAUCCUGUCUGGAGAAAGAGAACUCUUCCUGUAAAGGGAUGAAGUCUCGUACAGGGCGGCCAUCGCUGGAUGCCAAAUUUUCUGCCAUCAUUCAUCAGUUACAGAAGACUCAUGCACCAUCUCGCAAAAAUCCACCGUUAGCCCAGAUCGAACCCUCUCAAAAUCCUUACACUCCGAAAGAAAGGGACUUUGAGUUUAGCCAGGCUGAACACACAGAAAUAAACAGCAUCCAAGCAUCUCAGCCCCCAAUCCCUGCCCCUAGAAGCAAACUGAGGAAGUCUUUCAGAGAGAAAAUGAAUCCCAAAGCAUGGUGAGCUACUGAGAAACGCUUAACUCGUUCGGACACCAUCUCUAUGCCUAUUUUAUACCUACCAUUUAAUCAUUUUAAAUAAAGAUUUUAGUAACAAAAAAUUUUAGUAAACAUUUUUACAAAACUGCAGACAUUAAAGUUAAAUGACAGGACUGAAACGAAUGUCUUGGCAGCUAAUAUCAUGUAUAUCUUUCAAUCUAACAAACUGUGAACUCAAAUGUAUUUAAAAAUAUAAACACUUACAAUUUCAAAAAAAUAAUGAACCACUAAACUAUACGCACUUUCGAUAAGACCUUUGGCACAUUAAGUUGUAUAAAUGCACAUUAGGUGGCUUCUGCUGCCUUCAGGUUUGUUGAGAGCACAACAUGUACAGUCUUCUAUAGUUUACACUAAUGACAGAAUUAGAGGUGUAACCAGGGAAAUUGAGGCUUCUGUAUUAUUGUAAUAGUAAAACAAUAGUAGUAGGCUAAUCAUUAAACUGGCAACAGAAAAUAAUUAAACUAAUGAAAAAUGUAACAAGCUUCUAGCAUCAAUAUAUUUCAUUAAUUUGCUUGGGAUUGUUAAGACAUGCACAUAGACAUUUGUUAAACUAAGCAAUUAAGCAGAAAUGUAUUGUAAAUGUCGAUAAUUUUUUCUUUUUUAAAUAUAUAUUUUUUUCUUAACUGUUUACUAGGCUAACUUACUAGACUGACUGCCUUAAUCGAUGCAGAUUUAAUACCUGCACUUAAAGCUAUGUGAGAUGUGAUUUAGAAUAUGCUAGACAAUAAGUUUAAUAAUGUAAAAUGUAGAGGUAAAUAGUUACUGUGCAAUAUUGUAUGCUUAUGUUCAAAAAAAACUGUUUGUUGUAGUUUUCUCCAUGUACAUGUAUUUGUUCAUUGUCAGUUUUUUUCCCCCCUCAUUAGAACAGAAUAAACCACUAAACUCA